AUGUUCUAUCUUUGGCGCAGGGGCGAAUCCGAUUCUCCCUGUGGAAUUGAAUAUACGGUGACCGUGACGGAGACAGUAUUACAAGAUGCAGCAACAAGCACCCUCGUCAAUCUCAUCGACGGUACCAGCACAGCUCUGUCUCCCAUCGACACUUCAUCCACAGCCCUACCGAAUUUCGGCGCUAAUGCUGCCAUGGGCCCUAGCGGCAACAGCACAUUUGACUCCCAACCCACAGUUGCCUCCUCCCACACCACUAUUAGCGGCAGCAGCAGCAGCAGCAGCAACAGCACCCAAGAAGCGACAGUGAGCGUGACAAGCACACUGGGCACGACCAAAACACUGAGUCUCGUCUCCGCCACACCGCCCAUCGGCGCCAGCAGGCCUGCUCCACCUCGCGCGUCCGAAUGCCCGAGCAGCGACGCUUCUCACGGCUCAUCUUCACCACCUGCAGCGACCAUCGCCGGAAGUAUCGUCGGGAGCAUGGCCGGACUCGCGCUUGUCGGCCUGCUCGUCUCUUAUCUCCUCAAGCGCAAGCGGAAGUGGAAGGCCAAGCUGACAAUCAAGAAGAAAACAACAACGGAGGAAAAUGAUAGCCAACGAGGGGAAGAUGCGCCACAGAUGGGUAACGUGAUCGCCACCCUUGAGGCUCUCGAACGGAGGAGUCUUGCCAGCCCGAGAUCUUUUGAAUUUGGCUUCAAUCCAGCUACGGCCCCGUUGCCUGCGCUGCCGAAGCAUUCAACGGCUGUGCGGCCGCCACAGUGGAUUUGA